AUGCAAAGUGAUGCCCUUAAACAUAUUCGUAAGAAAUCUGUGCUGGAUAGUCGACAAGAAUAUCAAAAGAAGGCAGAAGGAGCAAUGGAUUCAUUUAAGAUAAAACAGAUGGUAGAAAAUAAUAUCCAUGUUCAACAGAAGUGCGCUAAAGAACUUCAGUCCAUGUAUGACAAAUUGAUUAAGCCAAAAGUCGCAAAUGGAACAUAUCUUAAACCAGCGGGCUAUACCGAAUAUAGAGAGGAUUUUGCUAUAAUAAGAGAAAGUAUCAAACAAAGUCUACACGAAGUCAAUCCAAACGUUCUUAAGUUAAGUUGUCUUGAGUUUGAAAACCGAUGUAGAAAACAAGAUGAAAAAAUAUGGACGAAGGCCAGCAUAAAUGGAUUACAAAUAGAAGCUGAAAUUCAGAAACACGCUGAAAUGUUGGCAGUAAAAAAUGACAAACUACUUCAAAAGAAAGAUUUGAAGAAAAGUUCUGAAGAAGAAAAAUGGAAGGCUUUUAAAGAGGAACUGGCAUCUGAAAGAGAGAAGGAACGGAAAGAACUAGAGGAAAAGUAUGCAAAAUUACUAGCAGAUUAUGAGACAGACAAGAAAGAUUUAGAAAGUGCGAUGAAGGAAAAAGAAGAACUUAAUAAACGUCUCGAAAAUCAAAGCUCAUCUUACAAAAUUGUAAAGGCCAAACCUGCUAUGAAACAAACAGUGUUUAAAACCAUGCUGAGCCUCAUUCCUAUUGUUGGUCCAGUAUUGGCUGGGGUGUAUGAAAGAUUUUCAUCUGAUGAUUAAGUUAUUAAUUUUGUAUAAUGAGUGACAAUCAUUUUAAAAAGAACAGAUAAUGAUAAAUGCAGUUACAUGUUUGGAAAGAAUAAUUUGUUUAACAUAAUCAUAUUCAUUUGCAUAUAUUUUAUUUAUCAUAUUACUGUAAAUGAGUGAAGGGUAUAUCGCCUUAAUACAUAUUAGCAUAUUUUAUAUUAUUUACAUUUAUUGACCAAAGUAGACCAAUUGACACGAAUAUUCAAUUAAGGAGAUAUUAGGUUUCGAUCUUGGCGUUAGAGACAGAAAAAAGUAAGCAAACAAUCAUAUUAACUUUAAAAUAAUUUGAAUCUAUCGCUUUUAUAUUUGCCUUUGUCUUCAACACCUACACUGAUGGAAAAAAAAAUAGCAAGUUUGAAAAUAGAAAACUUUUGAAGUACUAGCAAACAAACAAACAUUCCAUUUACUCACAGACGUUGUUCUACAGUCAUUCCAUGUUUAGAUUAACGAGCUGGAAAUUUGAGAAAGGAAAAUGAAAAAAAAUGGAUUUCACUGGUGUAAAAUAUGAAAUCAAAGUUAAGAAUUUAUAAAAAGUGUAUGAUUGCACAUAUUCUUUUGUUAAUUUUUUGAUAUUUGUUACUUUGCGAUGAUGGUCAGUCAUGUGACGCAUAUCAUAGCACUCAUGUCAUAAAUAAAAUGUCAUUGUUUUUUAUAUAAAGAUAGUCCUUAGCUAAAGAGUUGAUGAUAAAUAUAUAUUUCUUUGAUAUUUUGUUCGACUAUACUGAAAAGCGAACAUUACAUUAUCUAAAUGAUAGUUCCUUAGCUGAAAUUGAUAAAAAAUUACUUACUUUUCUACAUUAUUUAAAUUCUUUAAAUUAUUAUAUCCAUUUAUUUCACUUUAUUGUGACAUACAGUAGAUAUAAGCUUUAUGGUUAACAUACCAUUUUACUAUAAUUCAUGAUAUGUUACAGAGCUGGCAUGAUGUUUGUGUAAUAUAGGGGUACGUUUCAUUUGUCACCUUGUAAAGAUAUAUACUUAUUGUGUACAUAUGUUGAUUGUAAUCGAUUUAAAGUGUUUUGUUUUUAUUUAAGUCGUCACUGUCUAUUUCCUUAGUUAUAUAAGAUAUACUUUUUAAAACUAUUUUCUAUUUAAUGAACUUUUGUUAUAAUAAAUUGAAAUAAGAAUACAGGAAUUAUGGCUAUAUACAGUAAUGUACUCACAAUAAUAUUUCCAUUAAUUGAAGAAAGAGGUUUACAUAUUACCUCAAUCUAUUCUAUUAAAUCCAUUAAAUAUUAAAAGCGCUACUGUUAAUAAAUAUUCUAACACGCUUCACAAAAUUCCCCAGGAUAAUUAAGUGCAUUAUUAUACGAUUUAU